AUGCUCGAGCUUGGUGGCUCGGCGUCCGAAGAGAGGCUCGAGGCCUCGGGCUCACCCUCGCCUGACGCUGCCGAGGUGUAUGUAGGCGUCGGCUCGCCUCUCGACCGGCGGCGGCGGCGGGUGCUGUCUGGCGGCGGGAGCAUGCCGUUGGCAGCGAUGCCUGCAGCUAGCGGUAGUGGGCUGAGCGCAGACUCGCUCUCGCCGCAGCCCGAGCCUUACGGGCUCGCACUCUCGCCGCAGCCCGAGCCGUACGGGCUCGCACUCUCGCCGUCGGGCGGCUCGCUCUCGCCGUCGGGCGGCGAGCUGGAGGCGGGCACGCCUGUUGCGCUGCCGGGCCUCGGCGACCACCGUGGUACGCCCGGCGAGAGUCUCCUCUUCCUCCCGCCCGGAGAUGACGAGUUGCUCCUGGUGAGGCCCGAGAUCAUGGUUGCGCAGGUGAGUGGUGCCGCUGAUGGUACGCUUGCACCUACCCCGGCCAGCACCGGGUUCAAGCCGUGGUACAUCAUCAACCCGAAGUCGCUCACCCGGCGCUGCAUCGACAUUGUCAUUGUCGUCAUCCUCGUCUACAACGUGCUGGUCACGCCGUUUCGCGUAUGCUUUGCCCUCAAUGCCCCGAUCUGGCUCUUUGUUGUCGAGUCGGUCAUGGACUUUGUGUUUGUGGUCGACGUCGUCGCCAACUUUGUCACCGCUGUUCUCGACGACUCGGUCACACCACCGUACCUCAUCACCAACGUCGACGUCAUUGCCAAGCGCUACAUCAAGACCUGGUUCGCCAUCGACGCCAUCUCCUCUAUCCCGUUUGACUUGCUCAUGUUCAUUUUUGUCUCGCCAUCCAACUCGGAUCGUGACGUGUGGCGCCUCUCCAAGACCGUGCGCACGCUCAAGCUCAUUCGUCUCCUCCGCCUCCUCCGUCUUGUCCGCAUCUCGCGGGUCAUCCGCAAGUGGCGCUUCCGGUUCAACCUCAACUCGGCCUACCUGCGUCUGCUCAAGCUCCUCAUCGCCAUGCUCGUCUUUGCCCACCUCGCGGCGUGCUUCUGGUUUUACGUCGCCACCUCGCAAGGCGCGUCGGCAAGAACCUGGGUCGACGACGCAGGCCUGCGGCACGCCUCGACCGCAGCUCAGUACAUCGGCUCGCUCUACUGGGCCAUCAUGACCGUGACCGGGCUUGGCUACGGCGACAUUGUGCCGACCAACUCGGAGGAGCGCGUCUUUAUCAUCUUUGCCAUGUUCCUCGGCAUUUCGCUCUUCUCAUACUCGGUCGGUGCCAUGUCGCAGCUCGUCCACAGGCUCGAGUCCUCGCCGCUCAACGACCGCCUCGACUCGGUCAAUGCGUACAUGAAGUACCGCUCGUUGCCCAAAAGUAUCCAGGACGACAUCCGAGAACACUACUACCGAACCUGGGAGUCGCGGCAAGCCGCCCACGAUGAAAAGACCAUUCUCACCGAGCUCUCGGCCCGCCUCCGCAACACCGUCUCGCUCUACGUCAAAGAGCAUGAGAUGGCUUCCAACGCGUUCUUCCACGGCGUCUCGCCGAGUUUUGUCGCUGAGACGCUGCUGCGCAUGACAACCUCGGCUGCGUCGGCCGGCGACGUCAUUCUCCGCGAAGGUUACACCGGCUCGGAGCUCUUCCUCAUCUACUCGGGCGUGGUCCAAGUCACCAACGCCGAUCACUCUCUCCUUUUUGCCACCCUCUCGUCGGGCUCGUUUUUUGGCGAGAUGGCGCUCUUUCGCCCCGACCACGCCCGGUCGGCCACGGUCACAGCCGCCUCGGCCGUCCGCCUCGGCGUCAUCUCCCUCAACGACCUCAUUGAGGUCCUUUCGCUCCAUCCGGAGGACAUCGACUCGUGGGCAGUCUUGCGCAUUGCCCAUCAGCGCGCCAAGCACCUCAACGCCGCCGUCGAGGCCUACACCUGCUGCUGGGAGGCUAAUCCGCUAUUCAAGGACACCUCAGACCACACCAUCAAGAUUUCUGUCGAGAACUUGUUUGUCCGCUCAGACAUCAACUGGUGGCAAACAUACCGCUCCAACCAGAGCGUCGACCAGCAGCUCUUGGCCUCGCUCGCCGCGCGCAACAGCGGGUCCAAGUCGGACGACGGCCGCGAUCAGGCCAAUCUGUCGCGUUCGCGUUCGCGCUCGCGCUCACCGCACGCACGCCAGGAAUCGCACACCGGCCUCUUGGCCUCGCGCGCUUUUGUCCGCCGCCAGUCGCUGGUGACGGGCAGUGUGAUGAGCCCGCCGCCGCGCCCGCCUCGCCUCCGUGUCUCCACUGCCCACCAACUUGGCGGCCUGCCCGAACUCUCACCGCCGAGCUCUCCGGUUCAAGACUCGGUGCCCAGCACACUCACCAUUUACGCACGGCGCUCCGAUGGGCCGCCCGGCACGGCAACGGUGGUCCCCAUCGACUUGCCGGCGUGGAGUUUCGCCACCAGCAAGUACGACAUGCUCCUCAGGUCGGCCGCGCUCGCGCUCGGCAUUGAUCCCGUCAACGUCCUUGCCGUUUGGUUCAUUCCCGCCGAUCGCCCAGCGCUCAAGAUCGAGCUCUCCACCGAGGGCCAGCUCCGCCAACUGCUGGCAUCGCUCAGUGGUACUACCUCGAUUCUUGUCGAGCUCAAGGUCUGGAGCUCGGUGGCUGCCCGCGAACGCGCCUCCUCGCGGGUCGUCGGCUUUGUCCCUUCCCCGACAAUCACCCCGUCGUCGUCGUCGAUGUCAGCUGCCGACGACUCGCUGUCGGAUGUAGAGUACUCGGCAGACAGCGACUCGGCUCCGUCCGCCGUUGCUGUUUCGCCGGCCGAUCUCGCCUUGUCUGAUGCCGCCUCUGAGUGGUCCUCCUUCCCCGCAUCGCGCUCCGAGUCGAGCGCGUCGUCAGGGUACGACGACCAGCCCCGUUCGCCGGCGCCCGCCUCCCCCGCCCCGCCCUCGGUCCCGCCGUCGCCCCUCAUCCAGCGGAUGAAGAACCUCAACUCGUCCAUCGUCACCCUCUCGCAGCACCGGUCGACCCGAGUGGGCGGGCGGCUGCCGGUGGCCGGCCGCACCUCACCCAUGGACAGCGACAGUUACACGCCGUGCAAGGCGCUCUUGCUGCUCCGGCAGGGCGUGUUCGCAGUCCGCCCGGUGCCGCAGCUGCUGGCAGAAGUCGAGGCGGAGGCAGGCGCCGAGUGGGCACUCGCGCUGAGCGAGCCCGCGGCGCUGGCGUGGAUGGCCGACAACCUGGUGACGGCGGCGCUGGUGACGGAGCGCGCACCGGCAUCGGCGCGGUACCGGCGGCUACUGCUCAAGCGGCUGGUGGGUGCCAUUGAAGGCGCGGGCUCAGUGGUGCCGGAUGCGCUGAUGAUGGCCUUUGUCGAGGCGACCAUGGCACCGCGCGGCGACGACGACUACGGCGAGGCCUUCCACCGGCUCUUCCUGCGCAACCCGGGCGGCCCGCCAUACACCACCGCCGAUCUGGUCCUGGGCUCCUCGGUCGUUGCCGUCACUGUCUCGUCGUCGUACGGCGAGGGUGUCGGCAUGGCUCUCUGGCCGUCGGGCGUCGUCCUCGCCCGCUAUCUCGACGCCGUCCCGCUAGACCCACCCCCGGCCUCAGUCCUUGAGCUCGGCGCUGGCGUCGGCCUCACGGGCCUCUUCCUUCGCAACGCUCUAGCGGCCGAGACUCGACUUGUUCUCACCGAUGGCGUGCCACCGGUCCUUGAUCGGCUGCGCGAGAACGUGGCCCUCAACGGGAUGGCCGGCACCGUUGACUGCGCGCUCCUCGACUGGAGCGACGCCGCCACGCCUGCCGGCGCCGGCGCUAUGGUCUCCGAGUUUGGCCAGCACGCCGACGUCCUCAUCGCUGCAGACUGCGUCUACGACCCGACCAUUGUCGACCCGUUCGUCGCUGUCCUCGCUGCCUUUCUUGUCGACGGGCUGUCGCAGUACGCCCUCAUUGCCUCGACCAUGCGCCAGCCUGAGACCUACGCCCUAUUUACUGCGGCGGCUGCUGCCGCAGGCCUCAUCCUCACCGACCUCCCACUCGAUCCGGUCGCCUCGGCUAUCGAACCCGGCCACACGGUAGUGCUCACGCGAGUCACUAGCGCCUGA